AUGUUCACUCAGGUUUCCGUCCUUGCGGUCGCCGCCGUCGCAGGCGCAGGCGUCAUCCGCCAGAUCCCAGCAACGACCGUGACCCUCACCAACGACUGCGGUUACCAAGUGGACCCGGCCUUCUUCCCCCAGGUCUUAGAGGGAAGCACCUCCACCGGCGGAUUCCCUCUCGCUGCGGGAGCCAGUCAGACUGUCACGCUCCCCAGCGACUGGAGUGGACGUCUCUGGGGACGCACCGGCUGCAACGCUGCAGGCGUGUGCGCUACCGGUAGCUGCCCCUCCGGUGGAGAGAACUGCACCUCGCCCGCUCCCACUGGACCGACACUGGCCCAAUUCACGAUUAACGGGUAUGCCGGCUACGACUAUUUCAACCCGACUUCAGAUGAUAAUUUCAACAUUCCGCUGACUAUCGAGCCCGGGACUGGAUGCUCCAUCGCUCCGGUAGGGUGUACUGAUGCAAACGGCGAUGGCAAUGGCUGCGGGGCUACAAGCGCCUGCCCCACCGGCACUGACUAUACCAUCGUAUUUUGUUGA